CUAAAGCCCUUCUAUCCAUAUUUCAAACCCUACAAUUUCUCAUCUAGCACCAUGACUAAUUCUCCAAAGGGCUUCACCCUCAACAACGCCGACUCUUGUAGAGUCAAGUUUGCCCGUAGAUUCCUCCGAUCCCUAAUCGAAAUCAAAACCCGUCAAACAAAUUAUAAUAACAAUCUUUCCUCUUCUCCUUCUUCUUCUUCAGAAAUCCGCAGACGCAGCGAACGAAUAAAGCUCAAGGCCUACUCAUCCAUGGCGCAUGCAGUCGGGCCAAGGAAGGCAUGGACAAGAGCUCUUCUACUGAAGCUCCACAACCGAGCAAAACGCCAUCGUUUCCGCACGAGAAAGAGAUCAAGCUUGGCUAUGGUACUGAAGAAGAAAAGGGUGUUCAGAGUUAAGAAUCAUGCAAAUUUUUACAAGCCAGCAGCUGAAAGAGGGAAUUAUUCUGUAUUAAAUAGUGACGAGAAAACUGAGAAGCUUCGAGAGCUCGUUCCUGGAGGGAAAGCCAUGGAUAUCUGCAGCUUAUUAGAGGAAACUGCUCACUUUAUUAAGUGCCUUGCUAUGCAGGUUCAAGUUAUGCAUGAGAUUGCCGAUCAGUUAUCCAACUGAGCAUUAAUUUGGGAGUAGUUUGUAUAUAUAAUAUAUGGUUUCAUAUAUUAUACACACGAGACAUACAUGUUCAUGUUAAAAGAGGGGGAAACAAACUAAU